CAGUAGUUUAGUGGAUGCAUCUGGUGGAUUGUUCAGGGAGGAGUUUGACUCUGUGUGUCUGUGUUGGUGAACACAUUUACAGCCUCCGCCCGCUCGGUACGGAGGCAGGCACACCGUGACUCUGAUUCCCGGAGAUGGCAUCGGACCAGAGCUGGGAAACCACGUGCGUGAACUAUUUAGGUUCUGCUGCGUGCCCGUGGACUUUGAAGUUGUCAAUGUGGACUCAUCCAUGGCGUCGGAGGAUGACAUCAAUAAUGCCAUAAUGGCUAUCAGACGCAAUGGAGUGGCACUAAAAGGUAACAUCGAGACCAACCACAACCUGCCGCCAUCCUACAAGUCCAGAAACAACCUGCUCCGCACGACUCUGGAUCUGUAUGCCAACGUGAUGCACUGCCAGUCUCUACCGGGAGUCAGGACUCGCCACAGAAACAUCGACAUCAUGAUCAUCAGGGAGAACACGGAGGGAGAGUACAGCAGCCUGGAGCACGAGAACGUACCGGGCGUUGUUGAAUGUCUGAAGAUCAUCACCAAGACCAAAUCUCUACGCAUCGCUGACUACGCAUUCAGGACUGCUCGGGCCAAAGGACGCAGACGAGUCACUGCCGUGCACAAAGCUAACAUCAUGAAGUUGGGUGACGGGCUCUUCCUGGAGUGCUGUAAGGAGGUCGCCAGCGGUUACCCUGAAAUCACCUUCGACAGUAUGAUUGUAGACAACACCACCAUGCAGCUGGUUUCCAGGCCCCAGCAGUUCGAUGUGAUGGUCAUGCCCAACCUGUAUGGCAACGUGGUGAGCAAUGUGUGUGCCGGGCUGGUCGGCGGACCCGGCCUGGUGCCUGGAGCCAACUAUGGAGAGGACUACGCCGUGUUUGAGACGGGCACCAGGAACACCGGGAAGAGCAUCGCUAACCGUAACACAGCAAACCCCACGGCCAUGCUGCUGGCCUCCUGCCUGCUGUUGGACCACCUGAAGCUCCACGCCUUCGCCAGCAUGAUCCGCAGGGCCAUCCUCUCCACCGUCAGUGAGACUCGGCUGCACACUGCCGACCUCGGAGGACAAGGCUCCACCUCUGAAGUGGUCCAGUCCAUCAUGAAUGCUGUUCAGAGCACCGGGCCUCAGACUCUGAGCAUCUAGAACAAACACACAUAAAAUAUGGAAAUAUAUGUGUGUGUGUGUGUUAGUGUGCCUCUCUUCAGUGUUUGAUAGGAACACUGAAAUAUCUAUGCAAUGGUUUCCUUCUUAUCGUCACGUAGAUUGACUGUUAUUUAAAGUUUGUUUGAGCACUUUGUUUGAAGCUUUACUUUCCCAUCAUACUGUUGACUGUAUGAAACACUCAGGGUUCCCACGUGUCCUGGAAAACCUGGAAAUCUAGAGACUAGUGUUCCAGUCAUGGAAAACAGCUGGAAGUUGAUUAAAAUGAUCAAAUAUCCUGAAAAUAAUCUGUGUUCUCCUGGAAAUGUUUGUGUUUUAGCCCCUCACUCAGGUCGGCUGUGUAAAGCUGGGUGUGUAUUUUGUUUGAAACGCGACUGUAUGACACUUCAGAGCAGGUCCACCAGAUCUUUUCAAUAUCAGGUCUAUUUUUUCCAGAGUUGGGAGCAAAACUCUCAUAUGUCCAUGCAUUACAGACUAUUAAUGAUCAAAUCUCUUGUUGCUGUGGUUUAUAAAUACACAGUGAUAUUAAUUGUACGUGCAAUGAACACUUUAACCUUCUAGAAGAUUAAUGUUUUGUAAAAUAAAAUUAAUUCUACUUGAUGUGAACUGUAACUGAAGGGCUGUGGCCACAUUAAUGGAGUUAAUCUGCCUGAAACUGAAUAUGUUUAUAUGAACUUCUGGAAAAUGAUUUGUUAGAAAGAGCGGGAACCCUGAAUACCUCAGCUGUUUGAGUUCAUCCUUCCCAUGUUUAUUAGUUUGUUGCAUUUAUUUAUUUAGUGUAACUUAUUUUAAAGCAAUCUCAGCUGUUGUUCGUCCACUGAAACAAAGCUGUCGUACUACCGAACGUAUUGGGCAACAGUUACCUCUAAUAAAGC